UCAGAUUCAAAAAAACUGCGAAGAGACCAGACCUCCAUUGCCCAUUAGCUUCUUCUCCCCCCACCCCCCACCGUCUCCUCCUCGAUCCCAAACUCUAACAAGAUUUCGCCUUUCCUCCUCUCAUCUCCUCCCCAAAUCCAAUUCCUCUCAAUCUCCGUGUCCCGGUCCGAAAUUUGGCUUCUUGGGUUUGAUUCCUUCGACCUGCCGCGCUCUCCCCCCUCGUGUUUCCCGCUGCUUCUUGAGUUCUAGACUCUGGAUGAGUUGAGGAGCUCGCCCCUGUUCAACGCCUUUCGAUCCAAUUCCGAUAGCUCGCGCUGCAAGAUUUGGUUUUUGAGCCGGUGCGCGGAGGUCCGGGUACGGAUUGCAUAGCCCGCCUCGAGGUUCUGCCGUUCUGGCAUCGGUGACCUAGUAUUGGUGGGCAUUCUGGUGGUGCGAUGGAGCAGGAGAAGAAUCAGCAGCAGCAGCAGCCGAAGCCGGCUGUUUUAGCCGCCGCGGGCGAGAUGAAGGUACCCGCGGUGGCUCCGCAGCAGCCCAAGCCGGCGCCCCCCGCGAUGCCGGUGUCUAGGCAGUGGCCUAUGGCCUUCAACCCGUACACAUGCACAGCACCGUGGAAGGUAAAUAUCACUGAAUUCGUUAUUGAUAUCAUGGUUUGCAAUUAGUUAGCAUUGAUGCUUAUUGCUUAAACAUAUCUUAUCUGAAUUGGUUAUUGGCUAUGAUGGUUUGUAAUUGAUUAGUAUUGGUGCUUACACAUUUAUUAACAGAGGCUUUGGUCAGAUGGUUGGAAAUGUUGAUUUCUUUGAGUUCAAACUAUAGUGCAUACCUUUUAAGGCCAAGUGUUACGUUUUUUUUUGUGCAGACAAGUUUUAUAUUCUUCAAAUUUGUCAGUCAACAUACAUGAUUGGGACCUUGCCUUUCAUGUCUUCCUACAGAAAUUGUGUUUCUUGCGGUUCGAUUAUUUUGCAUUUAGAAAAAGAGUGGUGCUUGGAACAUAUUCCUUUUAUUGACAUGGUGUUGCAUUCUAUUUUUUGCAGGCCUGAAGCAAAAAGUGGCACUCCAAAGAAAAAGAAGCACUGUAAUUGUAGAAACUCAAAAUGUUUAAAGAUGUACUGUGAAUGCUUUCAAGAACAACAAUUCUGUGAUGGCUGCAACUGUUCAAAUUGUGGAAAUAUUGUUGGGAACGAGAAAGCCAGACAGGAAGCUAUUAACGCGAUUGUUCAGCGUAACCCACUUGCUUUUCAGCCUAAAAUUGAAAACGGCCCAAGUACACACAAUGUUCGAAAGGAUAAUUCUGGAGCAGUGCCUCUUGUGCCAAAGCACAAUAAAGGUUGCCACUGCAAGAAGUCAGGGUGCCUAAAGAAGUACUGUGAAUGCUACCAAUCAAAUGUUCUUUGCUCCAAGAAUUGUAGGUGCAUGGACUGUAAGAACUUUGAAGGAAGUGAAGAACGAAAAGCUUUAAUUCAAGGGGACUAUGCAUCUGACGGAAAUCAAAUUCAACAAGCAGCUAGUGUAGCACUUAAUGGUACCAUUGGAUCAUCACGAUACAACUGUUCUCCGGUGCGUAGAAAAAGAUCUCAUGAAGAUGCCCUAGGUCCUAGGAUAAACAGUGAAGGAAGUAUGCCAGAGACACAAUUUCUAAAGGAUAACCAUGCAGAUGUUUCAUUGCAUGCACCCUCUUCCACAGGAUUUGAUGGGCAUAAUGCUGCCAAUUCCCAAUCUAAAUCAUAUAACCCAACCUACAGGUCUCCACUUGCAAACACCAUCCACCUUAGUGAGGUCAAUGACCUAGUCACACAAUUGGUGACUGUGUGCAGAAUGGCUGCAGCGACAAUAGCUGAUAAUAAAGUGAAUGGGACUACAGUGGAGAAUCAAUACCAUGUGAAUGGUGGUUUAAACAAUGGUAACUGCAAACAGCAGGAACUGAAAGAAGCCUCCCAGAUGGACAUCCUCAGAAGAGGAUGUAGUGAUCAACCAAACAUUAAUGAAAUUGACUCCCAUUGGUCUGACACAGCUAAAGAUUCUAGGCCUGCAUCUCCAACAACACAAGCAUUAAUGUGUGAUGAGCAGGGGACCACAUUUGGAAAUGAUUAUAGAUGUUCAUUUCCCUCAGUUUCCUGUGAUCAAGAUAUUUCCGAGAUAAAUGCUGCACAAGAAAACCUAGUAUUGACUGGGUUGCGGGAGUAUCUUCGUGUGAUUAUCACACGUGGAAAAAUAAAUGAACACAAAUCCUCAUCAGAGGCAGCGAUGGAAUCGGAUGGCCGACAACAUCACGGAGCAGCACCUUCUAUUGCGCCGAGAGAAGUUGGAGGAAAUGCUCCUGCGAAUUGCGCUGAAACCCCUAGAACUAAUCAACAAUCGACCCAGAAUGAUGGAUCGGAAAGGCAAUAGUGGAAGCUCUGUAGGAUUAGGUACAGGAUCGAAGUUUGCGCAUGUGAAGAUCCCUGCGCUAUAAAUUGUUUCUGUACAUAGAUGGGCAGGAUAGAUCGUAUAGUCCCUGUUGCCGUUUCUGGCAACUGGCAACAGCCAUUCAUGAGGUGUAGGAAGCAAAAAAAAAAAAAAAAGGUCAGCUACACGCUGAUGUAAUAAUAAUUUAAUAAAUUCUGAUCCAUUGUUUGAUGUUUCUGGGAUUUUGUGUGAAGCUGAUCCUUCUGAAUUUAUCACUGACAGUGAUCUUGAGACUUGAGAAUGUGAGCACUUCAUCGA